CAGUCAGAAAGAUUUUGUGAUACGUAAACAACCAUGACAUACGAUGGUGUUCGAUUCACCACCACAAUUUCAACCUAAGGAAAACUAAAAUACCGAACCUUGACCAUGGGUGGUCAACCGAACAUGCUAGUCCCCUUCCGGGUGCUAAUCCUCUCUAUGUUAUGCUCUGUGAUCAGCUCCUUUGCUGUUGGAAGCUCGGCGGCAUUUAUGAUGAAAUCGUCGCCGGAAYCAUCAUCGUCCAAUUUCUCUACCAAUUCCCGUCGCCGGCAAAUCCUCCGGGUCGGUGCCGGAGGUUUGUUUUCCGGUCUUCCUUUCUUUGGUUCCGAUAGCGGCGAGGCAAGCGCGGCCUCCCCCGCCGACACGAAAAAAAAAGGCGGCGGUCCAACCGGUGAAGUGUCCAAAAUCGUGAAGGGAAUGAAACGAAGACGGCUCGGAAACUCGGACAUUUUUGUCAGCGAGCUCGGUUUGGGCACGCAGCGAUGGGUGAGCACCGAUUUUAACGCCCCCGAUCGCAAUCUUUGCUACGAAUUCAUGGACGAGGCCAUCCUCAAGCGAGGAGUCAAUCUCAUUGACACAGCCGAACAAUACCCCAUUCCGAGUGGUGGUCGUUCUUCGGAGGGCGAUACCGAACGCGUUAUUGGCGAUUGGAUGAAAGACCGCAAGGUGCYACGGAGUGAUGUUGUGAUUGCCACRAAAAUCACCGGAGGGACCAACAUCACGCCCCGGAAUAUCAAAAAGGAUUGCGAGGGAUCUCUGAAACGACUGCAAACCGAUUACGUGGACGUAUAUCUKUGUCAUUGGCCACAGAGAUAUAGCCCACAGUCAAACUGGGGCCAGUCUCUGAACUACAAUCUGGACUACGAAACCAGCUACAGAAGAAGUCUAGGAGCUCCCACGUCUUUUGAAGACCUUUGCCUGUCGAUGGAAGAAUUGAUUSAAGCUGGAAAAAUUCGUGGAUGGGGACUCUGCAAUGACAACGCCUAUGGUCUUACCGCGUGCACGAGAACUGCSAAGGCUCUGGGAACAACKCCUCCUUGCACGGUAAGUAAAGAGGAKUUGUCUGCGAUUGGACAAUUUKCGUUCCAAAAUUCAAGAUCAGAAUCCAACCUAACACUUGCUACGCUUCGACUCGUUUAAUUCAAAAGAUGCAAGGUGAUUUUAGCAUUCUUGAUCGCAAAUCGGAAGAAAAUGGUGUCGCCGAAGCGGCAUCCCCAUACAACGAAAAUGUUGGGUUCAUGGCGUACAACGCUCUAGCAGGAGGAAUGCUCACCGGAAAAUACAUGGAGGUUCCAUCCGCCUUUGACGAUCCCAACCGAGAUCGCGCCAUGGCCUCGCUUUCGCAACCUAGGGGACGAAUGGAUACGCGAGGAUGGGGAGGAACAUUGAUUCGGUACAGGACCGAUGCUGCCCAAGAAGCCAUCAGAGAGUACGCCAAGAUCGCAAAGGCAAACAAAAUGAGUCUGACGGAACUGAGUUUGCGUUGGUGCAAACAGCGCGAUUUGAUCACAACGACCCUACUCGGUCACACAAACAUGAAUCAAUUGAAAGAAACGCUGGUACGUAUUGCAUGCCAUUUAUUUUUGUGCCCUAUGACAUUCUGUCAUCUUUUGCUGUAUUUUCGUGAUUAACCUCACUCACAACUGUUGCUCUCCAGGACAUUUUAAGCACGAAAGAAAAUUUACCCCCGGACGUCAUGUGGGAGAUCGAUAGGGUUCAUAUGAAAAAUCGAUUGCCACUAUUUAGUAAUAGUCGCACUGGAAAAGACUGGUAUGGCGAAGGACAAAUAGGAGAGAAUAUUCCAUAGUCAUGCUGUACACGAGUAGACUUUGACAGAAAGUUUCACRCUGUCAUAAAAUCAGUUUGUUUUC